GACGGCGGGUGUUCGAAUUCAGUAACAUAACAAAACAGAGAUUAAGCGAGGAAAAAUAUGCUUUUCACAACGUUUAUAUAGGAAUGUCUUUCAGUCGUUAAUUUCUCACAUGGCAGGUUGCUUGACAGUUGUUUGUUUACUUAUGUCAGCCGUUGACCCACCUAAACGGUCAUGUCUGUGGUGACGGUGCAGUUGGGACAGUGUGGAAAUCAAGUUGGCCAGGAGUUCUUCAGUGUCCUUUGCAACGAUUCCAACAAUGGCAAAGAUAAACUGUACAAGGAUUGCGGUCAUGAGCGGUUCUUCAGGGAGGGGCCCUCACAAGACCUCACGGCUCGUGCGAUACUUAUCGACAUGGAGCCUAAAGUGAUUUCUCAGACCAUUGCUAAAGCAGCCAAAUCUGGAAAGUGGAGAUAUGGAGACCAUGCACACUUCUGUCAGAAACAGGGCUCUGGAAACAACUGGGCAAAUGGGUUUUCUGUGCAUGGGCCAAAACAUAAAGAAGUUAUCCAGGAUCUUGUGCGCAAAGAAGUGGAGCAGUGCGACCGCCUGUCGGGCAUCCUCACCAUGAUGAGCUUGGCAGGAGGCACAGGGUCCGGCAUGGGAACCUACAUCACCCAGUGCCUACGGGACAUGUACCCCCAUACCUCCAUUCUCAAUCAUGUCACUUGGCCUUAUAACACUGGAGAGGUGAUAGUCCAAAACUACAACUCAGUCCUCACACUGUCUCAUCUGUACCAGUUCUCUGAUGCUGUUUUGGUGCAUGAAAAUGACACAGUGCAUAAAAUCUGUGCUCAGCUCAUGAAUAUCAAACACAUUUCCUUCAGCGAUGUUAACAAAGUCAUCACCCACCAUCUGGGCAGUGUGCUGCAACCUGUAUACACUGCCAGCUCCUCACAUUACAAUAGGGAUCCCUUUGGUGAAUUCAUGAGUUCACUGGUGAAUCAUCCAGAAUACAAAUUGUUGACCCUCCAAAACAUCCCCCAAAUGUCUAGUACAUCACUGGCUUACAGUGUGUUCAACUGGCCUGGCCUGCUCAAACAUCUGCGCCAGAUGCUUAUUGCUAAUGCCAGGAUGGAAGAAGGUAUUGACUGGACCGUGAGAGCACCAUCUGUGAGCAGGUCUGACAGAGGAAGGCCCACUAGGGAGCUGGGCUUCAACAGAUCUUUGGCAAACCUCCUAAUAUUACGAGGAAAAGAUGUGGCAAGUGCUGAAAUAGGUGGUUUUAAAGAUCCAGCACUUUAUGUACCCUGGCUGCCAGUUGAAAGUGCCUUCAGCUCUUGGAGUUCUGCUGUUCCCUUCAAUGGUUAUGAAAAGUCAGCAACACUAGUCAGCAAUAGCCAGUCUUUACUAGGACCCUUGAACAACAUGGUGGGGAAGGCAUGGAACAUGUUUGCUUCCAGAGCCUACAUCCACCAGUACAUGAAAUUUGGUAUCGCAGAGGAGGACUUCCUAGACAGUUUCACCGUUUUGGAGCAGGUCAUCUCCAGCUACUCACAGCUCUGAGAAACACACCCAGCAGGUUUGGGGAAAUUGGCAGUCAGACUGUAUGUUAUCUAUCGUCUCCGUCUACAUCACAGAACAACUUUGAAGACUACUUUGGUUUAAGAGUAUAAUGAGAUGUGUGUCAUUUGUUUGAUGUGCAAGCCUAUGGAAUGAGUUUUUUUUAAAUGUGUGAUUAACUUAUACCUCAAUGUACGUUUUGCCACGUUUGUCUAAACAAAUAAAAAUCUAUGUUUUAUAUUU